CAACCAACGAGAAUAAAAAGGCAAGCCGAGCGGGGAAGUUUCAAGCUCGGGCCCGGCACCGAGAAUACUGCACUACUUGUGGCUCCAUCAGAAGAAGACCAAGGGUCGUCAGUUGCUUCUCGAGUUCUCGUCUCCCAGCUAUGGCGUCGACGAAAUCUUGCAUGUUUUACAAGCUGAUCGUCUCUUCUAUUCUCGACGACAAGAAGCUGAGGAUCCCUGACAAGUUUGUGAAGAAAUAUGGGUCGGAACUCGUUUCGAUUGCUAUCCUGACUGCUCCAAAUGGUGAGGCCUGGGUCGUAGAGCUGGAAAGAUCGAAGGAGAAACUAUGGUUCGGCAAUGGCUGGAUGGACUUUGUGGAAUUCUAUUCGGUUCGGGCAGGACAUUUCUUGACCUUCAGCUACCAAGGGUGUUCGACUUUCGCAGUAAACAUCUUCGACUUGUCAGCUGCUGAGAUCAAGUAUCCUUGUAGAAAUAGGCAGCCUGAUUUGCAGGGUAGUAAGGAUAAGAUUAAGCAAUGCUUGGCUCCUGAUCAUGUUGAGGAGCAAGCUGAAUGUGACUUGAAAUGGAAUCCCUGCAAUUUAGAGAAGAGCGUUCGAGUUUCGAGCAAUGUCGAUGUCCAGUUUGCAGAGAGCGAGCUUGUACAUGGUAGUCGUGUAGGAGUAAUAACCAAGAGAAGUAACACACAAGCAGCUGAAACAGGAGGUGGUGCACAAUUCGAACCGAGUUUGUCCACAAGGAGGUGGAGAGAUGUAAGAGCGGAAGAAAAAAUGAGAACGGUUCGUGCUGCAAAUAUGUACAGGCCGAGUUACCCUUUCUUCCAGAUUGUCUUGAGACCAUCCGAUGUGUACGAUGGCUUUCUACUUCAUGUCCCAUCUCGGUUUAGGCAGCAGUACUUGGAUGGAUUCACUGGGAACAUCACUCUCCGAGUAGGCAGUGGGGAACAAUGGUAUGUCCAGUGCAGCACAUCGCUAGGCCAAAGCGAGCUAACCAAAGGGUGGUCGCAGUUUGUGUGCGAAAACAAGUUGGAAGAAGGGGAUGUCUGCAUCUUCGAGCUGGUUGAUGCCAUCAACAUCGUCUUCAAAGUGAUCAUAUUUCGGGUUCUCGAUGAACCAAGGCCGAGCCCGAAUCUUCUCCCAACAGUAAAAGUGGAACCGUGGCCAAGUGAAGGAGCUGAGUACGGUGUAUAGUGUUGUUGUGCCCAUAGUUAGAAGGGACUCGUUUGGGUUUUUCUGUUUAGGGGUUCGAAUUCAUCCUUCCUAUUCCUCCUUAACCAUUGUAACCCAAGAAGUUACAUUGAUGCGUUUAGGUACUUACACGCUGCUAUUUUGCCAAGUUGGUGUUAGACUCAGGUGGUUAAAUCCCACUGAAAUAGCAGUCAAAUUCUUUUACCAUAUCUCGUCUGCCCUGCACCCGGG